UGGUAUAAUAAUUGCCCAUCUCCCACAAACAUAUCUAACGAAAGACCCAUCACUCCUAAUCAACAGCCAUAUAAUCAAUGAUGAAGAAAGCCUAUAAUACUGGUCAUGCAGCGAUCUUCCUCCUCGUGAUCAUCUUGUGCUGCCUGCUGGCGCCGGCGUUGUGCAACGCCAAAAAGGAGUUGGAUACAAAAUGUGCUCCGGCGAGAAACGCAACAGGAAGCUGUUUCGACUAUGUCACCGGGAAGGCGAAAGCCAUACCCGUCCCGUCCAAGUGCUGCCAGGACCUUGCCGGCUAUCUGGACACGCUCGAAACCGCUGCUGAAAGAAAAGCGGCCUGCUUCUGCUUCCUCAACCAAUACAGGCACCCGGACGUUAUCCAACGCCGGGUCGAUAAAGUUUCCAGCGAUUGCAGCUUCCCCUCCCUGAAACCGGACACCGACUGCAACCGGGUAAGGUAACAAGACACCGGCAUGGCCAAGAGGCGAUGAAUGCGAUGAUUCCGGUAUGAAGCUCAGAUUACUAAAAGAGCGAGCAUGCCUGAUUUGCGACGAUAGAGAAAACAAAACAAAAAAAAUGAGAAGACUGUAUUGAGCUUUGACCGUAGGAAACAUAGGAAAUCGAUAUUCUUCUGUAUUGCAACGAUGUCGAAUUGUAACGGUAUUAAAGUUUUGUUUUGAGCAUGUCGAUGGAGGAAGGGUGCAGAUAGUAUAAAAACAGUCUAAUUGUUGUUAUACUAACAACAAGGGCAUAAUAGUAAAAUAACAAUAAGUAACAAAUUAUUAAUAAACAAAAACUAAAUAUCUAAGCGCGUUUUAUCUCUCUCACAGCAAUAGCGGCCAGAUCUAUACCUUUGAACACCAAUUUUUUGUUCUUCUCCAGCGGCAAUCCUUUGCCAUCGUCGGCGCCAUCGCGCCAGUCGACUCUCUCCCGACCACGACCACGACCACACCGCCGCCGACGAGUUCAGUGCGACGGUGAUGGAUACGGAGAGCGUCGCGGUGGCGCUGGUGUGCUACUAGUAGAAGGCCCCUUUCAUCCGCCAUCUUCGAGACUUGGAUUCCACCAUCCAAUCAGAAAUCAUCGAAUCCAUAGCCACAUCAUCUCAGAUCUGGAGUCGUAAUAUGUGGCCGCGGCGAUUUGAGGCAGCUCUUCUGCCGGCCGUGGAUGUCUCCGUCCUUGUCUUCAACACGUAGACCAGAGAUUUGAUAGCUCCGGCGGUCCUUGUUGCCUUCAUGGACGGAGGGAUUCUAUAGAGCAGUGACGGCGUUCUCCUGGGUCAACGAAUUGUUGCACCGGAGAAGAGGAAUUAACGGCGGAUUCGCCGAUCAAUGCUCGAUUGUUUGGCCCAUUCUUCACCAGGAGAAGUAGCUUCGCCGCCGCGGAAACUUUUGGAUUCAUCAUUGUACGAGAAGCUCUCACGGGGGCCUUAGGGAGGAUCAAUGCAUUGGUUCAAUUCUAUUUCUUCUACUCGAUUCUUAGUCUCUGUGCUUCGUGGGAAUUGGAUUUGUGAUCUAAAAUCACAAUCUGGGUUUCGUGUUGCAAUUAGGAUUUCAGAGACGUUCUUGGAGUUGGGAGAGCAGUGCAUGGUUGAUCAAGUGCUUCUGUAUGUCCUCCAUGGUCAUGGAUUUAUUAGUCAAACCUAAAUGUGUAGCGUGGGAUGUAGAGAAUUUGUCAUUACCCUAUGCUUUCUGUUAGUUUCAUAUGUUGCAUUUCAUUUUGAUUGUCAAGCCUUCUUCAUCACUAUAUAAAUAACCCUGUCUGCUUUCAUUGCUUGUGUAUUGAUUGGAUUUUAUUAGGAUUAUGUCAUUUGGAUACAUGUCGGUUGUGUAGUGGUACUUGAGGGAACUACAUAUGCUUCUUUUAGUUAUAUGGAUGUAAGUAGUAACUUGCAAGUAGCAACUCAAGUGAUGAUGCUACAAAUUUUGGUGGUGUGUUUCUGCAUCUGGCCACAAAAUAUGGCAAAAAAAUCAUUUAAUGCAUACCUCAAAUCUUUCCAAACAUAUUAUUAAAACAAAUCCAUUUAAACAAACCAGACACCCCACAAAUCAAACCAUAAUUUUUUCGAAAGCACACCAUAAACUUCCUAAUGCAAAUCAGAAACACAAUAAAGUAAACCAGAAACCUCCUAAUGCAUAUCAGAAAUCUCCUAAAACAAACUAGAAACCUCACAAAACAAACCACAACAUUUGCGAAAGCACACCAAACACCUCAUAAUGCAAACCACAAACACAGUAAAUCAAACCAUAAAAAAGCAAACCAUAAAUGUCCUAAUGCAGACCACAAAUAUAUUAAAACAAACCAGAAACCUCACAAUGCAAACCACAAAGUUUUUGAAACCAAACCAGAAACUUCCCAAUGCAAACCACAAACACGAUAAAGCAAACCACAAAAGGAAUAAAAAAAAUGAGAAACCAAACCAUAAAUCUCACAAUGCUAACCAUAACAUCCGUUGAUCGUUGAACAUUGACCUGUCAACGAAGACCGUUGACCGGUCAACGAAGUUCGUUGACCGGUGGCAGAAUUCCGGCAACCAAAUUUUGGGCAGAAAAUUAAAAAAAAAUAUUUUUUAUUAUUAUUUAAACAUAUUUUCAUAAUGACAAUUAUACCCCUACUUUGAAUUUACACUAGGUCAACUCAACUAAUAAAAAGUCAUCACAUUCCUACCUUUCUAGGGGUGGAAGACUAGUGACCUGUCCCAUGGAGAACUUAAUUUAAUAAGUGAGAGCUCAAUGAUUUAUAAUUUAUGUUUUAUAAUUUCCUAAAAUAGUCAUUUUGGUACUAUAACAAAAAAAUAAAAGAAUGCCGUUAAUACUUUUAUAUUGCAGUACUUUGUUUAAUACCAAUUUCCGAAAUGGCAACUUAUUGGAAAAUAUUAGUGAAAAUAUUAUCUUAGGCACAUGAUCCUCAUUCUCUAUGGUCGAUGAUAUAUGUACUCAUAGUCAGUGUCGUACACACGCAUUUUACUCAAUUAAAUAAAACAUUAUGUAUAAUUUUUUAAGAAUAUAUAAUAUCCUACUUAUAAAUGGUAAUGAAAAAAUACAACAACGUGUUUUUAUAUCAUAAAAAAAUUAUAAAAUACGAUUAGGUCAUGUUUGGUAGUUAGAAUUCUCUAAGUUGAUGUAUUAAUUAUUUUAUAUGUUUUAUUCAGAUGUAUUGUAUUAAUGUAUGAAUUUGAUAAAUAUAUGGUUUGGAGGUUGAAUGAUUAUGGUGGUUCCUAAAAACGUAGAAAAAAAUGAAUGAUUAAAAUCUCAGCUAAAAGCUGAAAUUGACAAUCAUCCAUCAUUAUUCUGUUCGUUCGUCAUUCUGCUCAAAUAAAUAUAUAUAUAUAUAUAUGUGGCGAGUUCUACUGUACCCUGGGUGAAAUUCGGGGUACCGCAUACCUUGAGUAUGAAAACACUAUCUAGACCUUGAAUUGACCGAUCUUUCGAACAUGAUACUAUACUCUAACACUUAAAGAUCAAAAUGUAGGUGUUAACUCUCCCAAUAUUAUACUCCAAGAUCAAUUUAAUUAGAAAUCAUAAUCGACGGUUAUGAUUCAUCCAAAUAUAGGCACAAAAAGGAAUGCACCAUCUUAGGGUUUAUAGAUUAUGAUUUAGAUACCUAGGGUUCACUCAUUAAGGGUUAGGGUAUAGUAUCAUGCCUAAAAAUCCUACUAAUUCUAGGUCAAGAUAGUGUUUUCAUACUCAAGAUAUGCGGUACCCCGGAUUUCACCCCGGGUACCAUAGAAGGCACCAUAUAUAUAUAUAUAUCAGAUAUUUGAAUGCUCCCUUGGGAUAGUGGCCCAAAUAUUACUGGUUUGAAUAUUCCAUAUCAAAUUGCAGUAUUGAAUAUGUAAAAGUGAUGUAUAAUUCUUAAAAUAGAUCUAUUAUGACACAAUCAUAAUUAUAUCUUCAUGUAAACUAUAUGGGGCUGAUUCUUUGAACAUUUUAGUUUGCCUAACCGUCAAAUUUUAAACUUGUUCUAUUCUGACAUGAUUGGAUCCAACAAUCAUUAGGAGUUUAAUAAUUUGGUUCAUUUCACCUUUUUUAAAUGUGCUAAUGAAUUUGUAGAGAAAGGACAUGUCUUUAUAUACACUCUACACAAUAUAUAAUACUAAAAUGAGAAAAUUGUUGUCUCAUUUCAAAUUUUCUACAGCGAGAGUGAAAGAAGAAAUGAUAUUUUUGCUUCACAAUUAUUUUUCAAAAACUACAAACUUCCAAAACUCAGAAAUGUAGCUCAAACUAAAAAAUCUUAGCAUCGAAAAUCAAAGUUCGCAAAUUUUAUUUCUUAUAUCACUUAUUUGAGAGAUUUUUUUUCUAUAAACAAAGUAAAAUGAAACAAGUUAUAGCCAAAUCAACAACUUUGGCUCGAAGACGAUGGCUUGCUUCUUCAUGAGAGAAAGGAAUACAUGCAGUGCCAUCAAAGAUCAGGAGAGCAAAGACGAAAAUGGUACACCACAAGUUCUUAAAUGGGGACUGUAAUUGAUCAUCAAAUCAACGGCUUGUGGCCAAAUAAAAGGAUAAGAGAUUAGUUGGAUGACUGAUGAUAUAGAAUUUGCCAAUUUGGUACAUCUAUAGGAGAUCUCCAGCAUCGGCUUAGGAAACAAAGAAUCGAAGGAGAAGAAUAAUAUAUAUACUCUUUUAUUAACAACUAAUUGAGUGCAUGGAAGUGGAUAAACGAUGCAUUUGUUUCUCUUUUCCUUUAGAAAAAUAAAAACUAAAAACUUUAAUAAAACACAGUAUCGUAAACUUUUGUGGAUUUCUAUUCAACUUUCAAAGUAUGUUCCUUUUUCUUGCCUAAUCAGAUUAUUUAAAACUAUUAUCCUACUAAAAUGAUUUUAUUUUUAUUUUUCCGUUGCAUUGUUGUAAUUGUCGCAACCACCCUUCCAAAAUCGGGGGACGCGUCGUGAAAUGCUCGGAGUCGCCAUCGAUCUUACUUGGGGGUGGAUCGAACACCUUUGGUCCGGUCUCGGCCUUAGGGUCAAAACCGGAUUCUGGUCUGCGAAUUUAGAGAUUAUGGGUACGAGAGUAGGGGUGGGUAACUGGAAACGGGUAUUUGGGUAUAUCCGUACCCGUCCCGUUUUUUAAGGGUUACGGGUACCCAUAUUACCCGUAACAUUUUAAACGGAUGGGACUUGGGAUUGUACAAUCCUAAUAUGGGUACCCGCGGGUUACCCGCGAAUACCCAUUUGGGUAAUAUGGGUACCCGUUGUACCCAUUCAAAUUACAAAGACAUAUAAUUUAGCCCAUGUGCCCAGGCCCACCUCAAUUCAAAAUCCAUUAAAAUUACAAAAUCCAUUUAAUUCAGCCCGUGAGAAUUGAGACGCUGACGCACCCUUGCUUGCUGCUGCAAAAUUCACCACCUUCCCCACCCUAUUUUGCCAAACUGAGGAUUGAUUUGAGUAGAAACAACAUUAUUAUUAUUAUUACUGAAUCAUGGCACUUUCCAGGAAGCAGAACUUAUUAUUAUUAUUACAGAAUCAUGGCACUUUCCAGGAAGCAGAACUUGUUCUCUUUCUGGGUUUUAUUAUUUGGUCAUUUCCCCUUCCUUGAUUCCUUUUCAUCUUCAUCAUCAUCCCUUCUUUGGGUUGUAGGAAUUGGUGUAAGUUGCUACUUGUGCAGCCAUUUUGUGUUUUGAAAUGAAUGUUUUGGAUGUAAUUGACUAAUUGUCUUUAGGUAAAAUGUCAUUUAAACUUUGGGUAUUUAUGGGUAGUAUGGGUACCCGUUAUCCGUCCUGUACGGGUAAUAGGUACCCGUUUCCCAUAUGGGUUUGGGAUAUGGGAUGGACUUUGGUCUCCAAAUGGGACUGGGUACCCGUUUAAAAUGGGACGGGUAUCCCGUCCCGUUGCCCACCCAUAUACGAGAGUACGGUUACGUGUGGGGAAGUGUAUUCACACCCCACAACGCCCUAAAUCGGCACUACCUAAAUCGAUAAGUUUUUAAGGAGUUGGGUGUGUUAUUAUUAUUUGGCUUGUUUGUGAGUUUAAUCGUAUCAUUGAAUUAUUUUUAAUUUUUUUGGGUGUAUAUUUUAGAGUCCAAUUGGACGAUAUGAUUAAGGUGAUUUUUGAAUUGUUGUAUUUACUUGACAAUUUUCACAUCCAUUGAUGUAAAAAUAUUUUUUAGAUUAGUUGGACUCAAACCUAUUGGUUGCCUACGUACCCGACUUAGUCGGGAUCAAAGUCCACGUAGUUCGUUGGAAUUGAUAGGUUUUGGAAAGAUGAUUUUAAACACGAUCAAGAUGAUUUGAGUUGUUAGGAAAUGGAAUUAUGAUUUAUCAAUUUAGUGAUAGAAUGUUAGAUCGCCUUUUGGAAGAAUUUCAUCGAAAACGACUUUCACAGCCUAUUGACCAUGAUUUCGUAUUAGGAAAAUCACUAAGUAAAUAAAUAUGUGUAUGUAAAAUGAAACCAAAUUUAAUCAAAGUUUUAAAAUUUUGAUAUACCGAGAAGUAAUCGUAACUUGGCCAAUGCAAAAGUCUUGACACGAUUAAUCAAUAUAAAUUUUGCGUAUUAAGCUUACUGUAAAAUAAUUAGUAGCGAAAGAAUUAAGGUAUCAGAGAAAACAUUGUAGUCUGGGUGGUUAGGUACUUCACUAUGAGUUUAUUGGGCUGAGGCCUCGGGUUCGAAUAACCCUGGAGGUAGGGGUGUAUAUGGGUCGGGUGGUCCGGGUUUAGGCAUUUUAAUCACCCGACCCAUGCACUACGGUUUGGGAAAUAUUAAACCCAAACCCACCCAAAAAAAUCUAAACCCUACGGUUUGUUUUUAAUUGGGUUGGGUCGGGUUGGCGAUAUUUGUAAGUAAAAACCCAACCCAACACAAAAUAUGAAAUUAUUCUACAUCAUAAAAAUAUUUUAUAACAAAUUAAAAAUUCAAACGAAUAAACCGAGGCGAAAGGUAUCAAAAUUCACAAAUAUUGUUUGAAUUUUAAUAAAAAUUGAUUUACUUCAACUUAUGUCUAACUUUUAAAAUUGUACACAAGAAAAAAAAAUACGUGAAUCGUAGCUAUAUUAAAUAUAUGUCUAAACUUUAAGUCGAAGAAUGCAUUAGAUUAGUGAGACUUUAAGAGAAAAACAUGGCGAAAUAUCUUAAUUUUCUCAUAAGUAUGACUAUAACGACAUAAAUAUUUUUUUGGAUACGAACUCAUACCCAUAAUUGGAACACGGGUUGGGUCGGGUUCUACGGGUUGUGUAAUCCAAAAUCCAAACCCAACCCAAAAGAGGGGGGUUGGGUCGGGUUGGACGGGUGGGUCGGUUUGUGGGUGUGUUUGUUCACCCUACCUGGAGGUUAUACUUUGUUGUCUUUUUUUUUUGCAGAAGGAAAGUGGCAGCGGGUUAUUUCAUGGAAAUUGAAGGGGCAUUUUAGUCAUUUCUGAAUCCGGGUUUCAAUACCCUCUCAGCUAUAGGUGUCAAUCGGGCGGGUUUGGGUUGGGUUCAAACGGGUUGCGGGUUAGUCGGGUUGCGGGUUCAUCGGGUUCCGGUUCAAACGGGUUGCGGGUUAGUCGGGUUGCGGGUUCAUCGGGUUCGGAUUCAAUCAAGUUGCGGGCUCAUCAUGUUUUGGGUAGGGCGUGUUGCGGGCGGGUCGGGUUUCGGGUUGUUCAGGCCAGCGCAUCAAGUAACUUAACUCAUUACCAACUUACACAUUUUAUUACGCUCAUUUAAAAUAUUUUCUCAACUUUUUAACCAAUUUAUUUCUACCUCGUAUAUAUAUACUUUAUUUAAAAAAAAAAAACUAGUCAAAAUGUUAAAUCAAUUUGUAUGACUUGCAAACUUGUUAUGUAAUUAAUCAUAAUUGGUAAAGUAUUAUAGCUAAUAGUAAUGGUGAUAUCAAUAUUUGCAACCAAAAGAUACUGUUAAUUGUUUAUUUGAUAUUUAGUAUUAAUUCAUUAGUAAUUGGAUUAAAGUAUCUCGUUUAGUAUAACCAUGCAAAUCUGGUAUUUGGUGUGUGGUAUUUGGCAAAAGCAUAGUGAUAAAAGGAGUUAUUUCAAAAUAACUCAUUGCCCAAAUAACUUUAGUAAACUGUUGCCAAACGAGUUAUUUGUAAAAUUGUUCGAAUUAUCCUAAAAAUUGUACCAUUAAAGAUUAGCUAUCAAAUUUAGUAAAAUUAUUGUGACUUCAAUCAUAACUUACUCAAUAGCAUAUAUCCUAUACACUUAGCUUUACCCUCAAUCAACAAUAUUAAGUUAGUAUAUGUUGUUGAUUGUAUACCCUAAACCAUCAAUACAUUAUACACUAACCACAUAACCUAUACCCUAAACAUAUGUCAUUGAGUUGUGAUUUUGCUAGUAUAGUUAAUUUAAAAGUGAAAUUCAUACUUUGAUUUUCAAAACAUAGAUAAAAAGUGAUAUUUGCUAAUUUUUAUACCCUAACCAUAUAUCCUAUAGUUUACACCACAUACCUUGUACCCUAACCACGUACCAUAAACAUAAAUUAAAAAAGGAUCUCCUGCCGUUAAAGACUUCAAAUGACUUCAAGUGAACAUAUGUUAAUAAAAAACUUAGUAACGUCAAAACCAUCAAUAUCUUAUACACUAACCAUAUACACCCUAAACCAUAUGUACCUUAUACCUUAUAUCCUAACCAUAUACUUUAUAUCCUAAACAACGAACCGUCAAAGAUUACUUAUCAAGUUUAGUAUAAAUUGUUGUAACUAAUGGUUAAUUUAUUUAUUAGCCCAUAAAAAAUUACAUACAUAUAUACAUAUUAGCCUUCAAAGCAUAUAAGAAUAAUUUUAACUAGUCAUGCCCUCCAUAUAAAAGUUAAAGAUUCAUAUUUCAAAAGCUAAAAUUAUGAAAAACCAAAAAAUUGAAAACACCAAAUUUGUUUCCUUUUUUUUUCCACAAACAUACUAAAAUUUUCCUCCUUCUUUUUCUUUUCAUACAUUAGAAAAACUCAAUUUUCCCUCCUCUUUCUCUUCCAUAAAAUUGAAAGAACCAAAUUAUCCUUUUCUUUCUUUCUACAAAAAGUUGAAAACUUAAAAGUUUCUCUCCUUAUUUCUCUUUCAUAAUCAAAAGAAUUAAACUUUCCCAUUUCUUUCUCUUCCCACAUAUCAAAACCACCAAAAUUCUCACUUGUUUCUUUUCUAAAAAAUUCAAAGAACCAAAUUUCCCUCUUCUUUCUCUUCCCAAAAAAUUGAAUACACCAAAAUUUCCCUCUUUUUUUAAAAACAUCAAAUUACCAAAUACAUUACUUUACUUUAAUUAUAUUUAAAUGAUAAUUUUAUUGAAUAGUUAAAUUAACCAAAAUUUUAAUUUAUAUAUUAUAUUAAUAUUGUCAUGAUCUCAAGUGACCUUCAUGUUUCAAUUUUUGUAAUUUUCUUAAAAUACGUAAUAUCAAGUGACUUUCAUAUUUUUAAAAUUUCUUAUACGAAAUGAAAAAAAUAAUUUUACUUAAGUUUAGAAUGAAAAACUUUAUUUUGAAAAACUAUGUAUUGUAUAUUUUUAUAAUUAUUCAAGUGGAUUAGAUGAAAUUCGGGUUGAGUCGGUUAGGUUACGGGUCAGUCAGGUUGCGGGUCAAUCGGGUUUGGGUUAAUCGGGUUGCGGGUUAGUCGGGUUGCGGGUUAGUUGGGUUGCGGGUCAAUCGGGUUGCGGGUCGGGCGGAUUACGGGUUGUUGACUUUUAGUCAAUUCGGAUUGCGAUCGAGUUACGGAUCAGGUUGAUCGGGCGGGUUAAUCUAGUCGGGCUAUGUUUUGACACCUAUACUGUCAGCACAGAGCCGAAUCCUAGCCCCAAAGAUAUCUGCCCACACUCGCUCCCCUUCUCUCUCUCUCGUUCUUUUCUUCUCAUUUUCUCUAGAACACAAACAAAACAGAGAAACAAAACAAACCAAUCCCAAUCACCCCAUUCUCGUUUUCUCUCUCAUGACCGAACGAUCCGCAUCCUCCUUCCUGCUCGUCUACUCUCUUCCUCUUUUCUAAACAAAUCAAACAAACCUAACUCUCUUCACCUAGCCUCUGUACUCCUCCCUAUCUUUUCUCGAAAUGGCAAAAGGAACUGGAAGCGGUCCUCUUCUUUGCGACGAGGGCGAUGGCGAUUGUAAGGGCGGUGAGAUUAGGCACUGGAGAUUGCGACGACGUCGGUGAGGUGGUCGGAGGUGAGUGUUUGUGGAUUGCAUGUCGCAUUUUGGGGUUCGAUUCGGUUUGUUCCGGUUCUGAUCGUUUUUGUUUUGAAUUCGGGAUUCUAUCAAAGUGUUUUAAGAUGGGUUUACAAAUCUAUAUCAUUGUGUAUCAUGGGUUUAAAUUUGGAAAUUGAUGGAGUGUGAAUCUGGAAUUAGAUUCGUGGUAAAGUUUUUUUCUGGGUUUUAUGUGAGGAUUCAAAAAAAAAAAAAAGGGCAGGAGCAACGGAAGUCGGAGUCAUCGGUGACUUCGAGUUUUUCCGGCGGCGCCAAGGUCUCGCCGGUGAGAAAGGUAAGAGCCAUAGACUUUAGUUUGUUUUCUUUUCUUUCGGAUUUCCGGAUUUGGUUUCUGAUAUGCUUUGUUUGUUUUCUGUAUUUUGGAAAGUGAACGAGGGGAAGAGAAAGAAAAGGCCACGGCCAGCGAGCAAUGGCGGUCUACCUGCCAUUGCUCGACAGGAGCUAUCCAAAAUGGUGAGAUUUGUCCUGCAUGUAUGGUUUCUAUUUGAGAUUGGUAUUUUAGUUAGGCAAAAUACACUUGUAUAGCCAUA